UUGUGGUUGUAUAUGCCAGAAAAUGGAUGCGAUACAUAUAUCUUUGUUCAAAGCAAGGACGAUAAUUGUUGGCCAAAAAGGCGUUCAAAAUGCGAUAAAUUCUCUUCAAAAAGUCAUGCAAAGCGAGAAACAGAUCAAAGAUAUAAAUUUAAAUGAUGGAUGCAGCAGGAUUUCAGGCUUUCCACCAAAAGGCUUUCAUCGUCAAGGAAGGCCAUUGAGCAUACAAGUUCCAUUUCAUACAAGUUCACUGGUGGAGAAUACUCUUUUGGCUGAAAAUGCUAGACUUAAAGGAGAGAUGCAACAACUGCAGAGCGCUCUAACAAAUUCAAAACUCGAUACGGCUGAGAUGUACUCAAAAUUUGGAGAGAUAGUAAACGAUUGGAUCAAAGAAGUAAACGAUUUGAUCAAUGUAGUAAACGAUUUGAAAAAAAUGCAGUUGGAAAUGAACAACGAUUACGAAGCAAGAAUCAAAAGUUUGGAAGAAAAGACUGAACGCCUGAUAAUGGAAAACGAAAAGAUGAAAAAAGUAAUAAAAGAUUUUGAAAAGAUGAAUCUUGAAUUUGAAAAACAAAAAAGACGAUUGAAAAUUGGUCAAGUUGCAUAUAAGUUGGAAAGACUUGUAUCAGAAUAUGUAUUUCCUGGUCAGGAUAAAGCAAGUAAAAGAGUGAGGUUUGGAGCAAAUUUGAAGUCUUUAAAAAGAAAGAUUGACAGUCUUAAUGACCAAAAUGUUCAAGAUCACGCCAAAUCACAUUUUUCCAAGCUCAACAAAGAACUUUUUGAAGAUUGGUUUAUUGGUCUCAUCCAAAUCAUGAAAUAUUCAGGUGUGGACAUAACUAACCCAAAUAUUGGGACAUAUGAAGAAAUGAAGGCUGUGAUAAACGAGGAAUUUGGUGAUCAAGUUGAACAUGAUGAUAUGUUGAUAGUAUUGGAUCAUCUCCGUGAAAUGUAUCUGAAGAUGGAACGACCAUUUGGAGAAUAAACACUGACAUUUCAUAUCACCCUCAAAAGCAUUAAAUAAAAAUAUUCCUGUCAGUGGUUUAGGAUAUUUCAGUCAUUUCUCUGUAACUUGUAGAAAAAUAUAUAAGAAUUUAUAAUUACAACUGCACAAAGAAGACAAUUAAAUAUCUGUAAUGAAACUUUCAACAACUGACUGUUCAAUAUAUUAAAUAGUAAUAUCAAUGAAAAACUCGUGAAAAACAUUAAAAUACAUGUGCACAAGUUA